CACUCGCCUCCUCUCUUCCGCUUCCGGUGUCCCCCUGCAGCCAUGGCCGCCGCCGCUGCCGCUGGCGGCCCUGGGGCGCCCCUGUCCCCGGACGAAUUGCUUCCGAAAGGCGAUGCCGAGAAGACUGAGGAGGAGCUGGAGGAGGAAGACGACGAGGAGCUAGAUGAGACCCUGUCGGAGAGACUGUGGGGUCUGACGGAGAUGUUCCCAGAGAGGGUCCGGUCCGCGGCUGGAGCCACUUUUGAUCUCUCCGUCUUUGUGGCUCAAAAAAUGUACAGGUUUUCCAGGGCAGCCUUGUGGAUUGGGACCACUUCCUUCAUGAUCCUGGUCCUUCCUGUUGUCUUCGAAACGGAGAAGUUGCAAAUGGAGCAGCAGCAGCAACUGCAGCAGCGGCAGAUACUUCUAGGGCCCAACACAGGGCUCUCAGGCGGAAUGCCAGGGGCUCUACCUUCACUUCCUGGAAAGCUCUAGCUUGUUACUGCUCUAUGACUUGUCUUGGUGGGACGAGUUUGAAAAUUCAAUAGUGUUGAACUGCUGAUGAUUUGGAUUCUUUUCUCUUUUCCUUUUUUUUUUUUUUUUUUUAAACUUUGGCACAUUGAUUUAUCUAAACCUGGAGAGAAUUCUCCCCAGUGUGUCACGGAGACUCCCAACUUGCAGCUGUGCCCUCCACGCUGUCCCAUUUCUUCUGUCCUCACUCUGAUACCAGAGUGCAGCAAUGCAGACGGUUACUCCAGCUCUGGCCAUCCCCCCCCUUUCACUAAAUCACUAAAUCAUUCGUGACCGGAAGAUCUCAACUAUCUGAUUGUGGCAAAGGAACCGAUGCCACUGGGAAGGAUGCACCCCUGACCAUUUUUGUUUUUAAGCAUGGGGAUGUUGGGAAGGGACAUGCACACAGUAUGAAGUACAUAAUGCCGUUACAGCUGCAGUGUAAAGCAGCCACUGUGAAUUUCUGGGGUGGAAAGGAGGGAGGGCUGGGCAGCAGCUUCGACCACGGGAUGGAGACUGUGGAGGGCAGAGAAGAGCUCAUUUUCUCUGCCGGUUUUGGCUAUUAGAGAGCUGUGUGUGUGUGUCCAAAAAAGAAAAAAGUGCUCACUUUUUGUAUUUAAAUAUUAAAAAUGAUUCCGACAGAAA